AGAUUUUGGCAAAGAAGUUGAGAUGAUCUAUCCAAUAGCAGUAAUUCUUAUUGUCGCAUCACUCGACACGGUGAAAUCAGAGAUACAAUGGAAAACAGUCAAGCUAAAUGAGGAUGGGACACAAAAGCAAACAGGAAUUCCCCACAGCUUUGAGAGGACAGCAAUACAGUUCAAAACUGACAAUACGGUAGAAGACUUGUUUGAGCGACUCGACGUGGAUUUCAUUGCGGCCGGAAAGGAAAGGCAAGGGGGGUUAACCGUGAUCUUCAAUUCACGCUAUACACCUGAAAAACCAGAUGAUUACAAUAUAAAACAUUGCACGAAUAAUGGUAGAAUCUUAUUUCCCGAGAACAUGCCCACUGAAGCUGAGAAAUUGUGGAGUAUUCUUGCGACCACAGGAGCAAAUCCGUCUUUUAAAGUCCAGGUCAACGGAGUGGAAGUGAUCAACUUACUCCUCACAGACGAUACAUGUGAUUACCCAAACUGGAGAAAUUACUGGACAAAAGAGAUUGAAACACUGAGAUUUAACUCUCAUCAACUAUCAUUUCUCGGUUACCAUCUAGAUUCAUGCUAUUGGGGCCAUUACUUGGAUGCUGAUGCUGAUUGCCAAGAGUGUCCUGCAGAUCAUUGGAGUGCAGACGCCGGCGAUACUGCCUGCACACCUUGUCCAGAAGGAACUCACGUGGGCGCAGGAUUGGGAUUAGCUGAGAGUGACUGCACAGAGAGCGGAGACGAGACAGACGGAGACGAGACAGACGGAGACGAGACAGACAGAGACGAGACAAAGUCUGAACACAAAUACUCUCAAUCAGUUGCCCACAAAUUGAGCGCUCUUCUUGUCGUUCUCUUGUUUGCUUUGAACAUGACCAUCUAGACUUGUUGCGGCCUGCAUGGAUGGUUGAACUAUAAUGCAUGACGUUAGAAAAAUAUGAACUCAAACUUUUAAGCACGCGAUAUGAAUAUUUCAUAUAUAUAUAUCUAUCCACAAAUUAGAACGCCUCACCAGGCUGAUUUUAAAUUUAAAACACCGCCACCAACGUCCGAUUUCUGAUAGCUUUUUCUAUUUUAGAUGCCCAAUUCAAAAUUAUCAACAAGUAAGUUAGUAAGUUACUUAACACGCUUGUUAAAAUCACUUUCACAAUUGCAAAUCAAAAUGUUGUUCUAUAGGAUAUUCAUUUAUAUUUUUUAUUUUUUAUCGCCAC